CGAACGAAACAAAGACGCAAAUCGAGCCACAAAACGAGAAGCGAGGCUGGAAAGCAGGUCAGGAAUAGCAACAGCAACAGCAACAAAGCAAUACUGGCCAAGUGAAAAACAACGUCCAUUCAGUCAAUCGUCCUGCAACGCAGCAACCAGCCACAAUUUAAAUAACUAACGCACCAAUAUGGAGUACAAACUGAUACCCGCUGACCGCUAUGACGAUGUCAUCGACCAUUUGCGAAACACAUUCUUCGCGGACGAGCCACUGAACAAGGCUGCUGGGCUGUGCCGACCUGGCGUGGGCAACCGAGAGCUGGAACACCACAGUCUGGAGACGCUGUCGGACGGGCUAAGUCUGAUGGCUAUUGACGAGGAUGGACGUAUUGCGGGCGUCAUUCUCAAUGGAAUCCUGCGGCCGGGUGAUACGGAGCGGGCGCUCGCCCAAUUGGAACUGAGCAGUGACGACAACUUUAAGAAAAUUUUCGAGCUGCUCUACACUCACGGCCUGCAGAGUAAGCUGUUCUCCCGCUUCGGUGUCGAUCGAGCCUUUGAUGUGCGAAUCCUGUCCGUGGACGCUCGAUUUCGUGGUCAGGGCAUUGCCAAGGAGCUGGUGCGGCGCAGUGAGCGCGUAGCUCGGGAUUGUGGUUUCCCUAUAAUGAAGGCUGAUGCCACGGGCAUUUUCUCGCAGAAAAUUCUACGCUCCAACGGAUUUGAAAUGCUCAGCGAGCAGCUCUAUGGAAAGUACACCGAUGCUCAGGGUCAAAUUAUUUUGCCCGUGGAGGCACCUCAUAUUAAAUUGCAGUUGCUGUACAAGAGGCUCGACGAAAAUGAGGCGGAUACUGAAGCCGAAUUAGCGCAGCAAUAA